UAAAGUGUGUAUGGCUGGCUGAAUAUUGUUUAUAAAUACUAAAUCAAGGGUAAAAAAUCAUUUAGUUUGGCUUAAGUCUGGAGUGCUCCAUAAUAUUCUAGAUUCUGGAAUUGAUACAAGACGAGCAGAUCGAUGUGUAGUUCUUGCAUCUAUCGGUACCCCUGAAGCGUUAGAUGACUGUCAGCUCUGUCAGAAUAAGUGAUCUUGGAUCAUUACUUUCGUGCAAGACGAUUAAGGUAGCUGUUCUGACUUGGUGGUAAUGGCGAGAAGGGUCAGUCAGAUCUCGGCCCACGAGACGGUGGUCAUUCCAAACGACCUGACGGACGAGCAGUUUGAAGAAAUAAAAGAGUCUUUUCACAAGAUAGACUUGAAUGGAGAUGGGAGGUUAUCUCGGCGCGAGUUGAUGAAGGCGGCGGCUAUAUUAGGGAUGAACCCGACGGACAAGGACAUCGACGCCAUGAUGAAAGACGUGGACAAAAAUAAUGACGGCUUUAUCAGCUUCAAGGAAUAUCUGAAGAUAAUGCAAGACAACUACAGGGAGGUGGAUCUCGAGAAGGAGCGGAUGAAGGCGGCCUUCCGGUACAUAGACAAGGACAACGACGGAUUCCUGACCCUGAAGGAACUCAAGACCAUCCUGUCCCACAACAACUCGGGGAUCUCCGACCAGGAAAUCGAACAGUUCUUUAAGCAGAUCGACACGGACGGCGACGGAAAGAUUGACUAUGAAGAAUUCAUCGAAUCUGACCUAUGUUCUGCAGUAUUUUGAUAUAAAAUCACAACGUCAUGGAACCAAACAUCAUCUGUCUAACAAUACAUGUAUACAAUUCAACGAGACACUGAAUAUUGUUCACGAACUUGUUAUGUCUACGUGUUAAAUUUAUUUUUGUUAUUCAAGUGCAUAUUGUUGCUUUAUCAUCAUACCUCAUUAAAACUUCUUUCUUUUGUAGAGAAGUAUUAUAGAUAAGUAUUACUUAUAUAUUUGCAUUUAAUUGUAACAGCGGUCUGGUAUACUUUAAAGGACUGUACUUGUAUAGUAAAAAGUAAAGGUC